CAUCUUGUCAACAUGACUGCGACCCCAAACCACAAGGACUUGGAGAAGACGGAGCAGCAUGAAUCGCUGCCCGUGGUGGUGACGGCGGAGGAGGCACUACUCCGUGCCCGCCAGCAGCCGAACGCUGCGCUGCCGUUGCGCAUCACCUUUGACCAUCAUGAUCCCGACAAUCCGCGCUGCUGGGGUUUCUGGCGCAAGUGGUACAUCACGGUCUUUGUGAGCAUGCUCAAUGUUAUUACCACCUGGUGUUGUGGUUCUUUCUCGUCGGGGGCGACGCAGAUUGCCGAUCAUUUCCAUGUUUCGAGCGAGGUCACCACUUUGUGUCUGUCGCUCUACGUGCUGGGUUAUGCCGUGGGCCCUGUCCUACUGGCCCCCUUGUCGGAGUACUUCGGCCGCCAGCCGAUCUACAUCGUCUCCUGGUUCAUCUUGUUUAUCUUCCAGCUGCCCUUGGCCCUAGCCCCAAAUAUUGGUACUCUUCUUGUGUGUCGCUUGAUAGCCGGUUUGGCGGGCGGCGCCCCCUUGACCAAUACCGGAGGUACCAUUAGUGAUUUGUGGGAACGUGACCACAGUGGCUGGCCGAUGGCGGUGUAUGGUCUCAGCAGUACCGCCGGUCCCCCGCUGGCCCUGGUUGUGAGCGGUUACAUCGGUCUUGACCUGGGCUGGCGCUGGAUCUUCUGGAUUAUGAUGGCGAUCAGUGGUGGGUUCUGGAUUGUUCUGGUUUUCACCAUUCCCGAGACUCGCCAUUCCAUUCGACUGCAGCGCAAGACCGCCAAGAUUAGGCGUCAGAUGGAGACAGAAGGCCUGCGAUCGGCUGAAACUCUGGAUGACAUUCAUGGUGACAAUCGCAAGGGCCUGCACCAGUUGCUGGGCAUCACGUUGACCCGGCCCAUCCGGUUCUUGUUCACCGAACCCAUCACCCUCUUCUCCGCCAUCUUCAAUGGUUUCCUCUAUGGUCUUGUCUAUUUGUUCAACGAAGCCUUUCCUCUCGUGUUCGGUGCUCCUCAUGGCCACGGAUUCAAUGUGGGCCAGCAAGGUCUUUGCUUUUUGGGGAUCGCGAUCGGCCCCUUCAUCGCCUUUGCCGCCCAUCCACUGCAAGAACGCUACUACCGCCGGGCUGUUGCUGCGCACGAUGGUCUCAGUGUCCCGGAGGCCCGCAUGUGGAUGGCCCGUCUGGGGGCGCUGCUCAUUCCCAUCAGUCUUUUUUGGUUCGGCUGGACCAGCUAUUCUUCGGUCCACUGGAUUGUGCCGAUCAUCGCCUCGGUCUUCUUUGGGGCGGGACUGUAUAUCGUCAUCCUGAGUAUCCUCAACUAUGUGGUCGACAGCUACCAGACGUACUCGGCCUCGGCGCUCGCGGGCGUCAUCCUGGUGCGUAACAUUGUUGGAGCUGGAUUCCCCCUGUUUGCGACGCAGAUGUAUAACAAGUUGGAUUAUGAGUGGGCGUCAAGCUUGCUGGGAUUUAUCGCUCUCCUGCUCGUCCCGAUUCCGUUUAUCUUCUUUUACAAGGGUCGGGCAAUUCGGCUGAGGAGUCCUUGGGCGCGGGAGCACUUUGAUUCGAAUGAGGAUAGUCCUCAUUGA